UUUGGAGAUAAGUCAAGCUAGCUAGCGUCAAGACGGAAGCUCAAACUUUAGCUCGAUAAUGUAGCAACAGAGGGUGACUUUUUUACGUUCAUAAGCACUUGUUAAGUAAAUUAAUCAAAAAAAUGGAGUGGGAUCACGCCAACAAAAAAAACACGCAUUUAGAAGUGUAAAUACUGUAAUAGUAAAUAGUUGACCGGAAGUUGUAUUUUUUUAGCUCCGCUAGCUUCACACAAAACUUUCUUCCCUCCCCCUUUUGGGUCUUUUUCACUCAUGACCGCCUCCAUCCAUCCGUCCGUCCAUCCAUCCAUUGUGGACUCGACGCCGAUGGGGAAACGGGUGCCGCUCGCUCGCCACGCCGAAGAAGAAUGGAGACGGUGGAGCAGCUCGUCUCUUUCCACCACAUUCAGGUGCAGCUGAGCGGGGGAGCGCCGUGGGGCUUCACGCUCAAGGGCGGCUUGGAGCACGGAGAACCUCUCAUCAUUACCAAAAUCGAGGAGGGAGGAAAGGUGGCCCAGUGCAAGAAGCUCAAAGUGGGCGACGAACUCAUCAACAUAAAUGGCUCUGCCCUCUACGGCAGUCGACAGGAAGCGCUCAUCCUCAUCAAGGGCUCCUACAGGAUACUGAAGCUCGCCGUCAGGAGGCGCAGCAUCCCAAUCAUCGGGCCUCACUCCUGGCAAUUGGCAAAGGUGUCCGAGUUGCCCCUUCCGCCCCCGCCCCCAUCUCCGCCACCCUGCGUCCCUCCACCGGCCGACUACCCCGCACUCCCUCCGCCUCCCCCUCCUCCUGCCAUGCAGCUCCAUCCUGGCGCGUACACACUAGCCUGGCACACGAGUGACAACAGUGAUUUGCCUAUGCAGUGGGGUCAGCUGUCCAGGCCAUACUCAUCUACAGAUAGAAGCAGUUCCUUGGGCUCCAUGGAGAGCUUGGAUACGCCCACACCCGUCACACAGCCUUACUCAGACUCCCUCAGUUCCCCCGUCGACCCAGCGCUCUUCAACAACAAAAGAGACUCUGCCUAUAGUUCCUUCUCUGCCAGCUCCAACACAUCUGAUUACGCUACAGUGCCGCUUCGGCCUGGUGACGUUUAUUCCAUGGACAACUUCUUCCAAAGCCUGGGGCCGCCUUGUUUUGCCUUUCCUGGUAGGGAUGCUGCAACGCUCGGUAGUUCAUCCGGCGAGGCACCGAAUGGAGCGCAGCAGAUUGGACUGAAGUCCAGAUCACUGACCAGGCCAAGGCCGAGGCCUGUAGAGGUGAAAGAAAGGCCUUCUUCCUUUUCUUAUGAGGAGGAAACAAGGGGGGUAGAGUGUGAUAUCAUAAGAAAUGGGGAAGAUGGAUCAGAAAGAAAAUUGACUCACACUCAGUCUCCAAACAGAAAUAACAGUUUUAAAACAACCAGGACUUGCCCUAAUCUUCCAAACAAACGCUGUGCUUCCGCUCCAAUUGAAAUGUGCAGUGUUCCUUGUUUCUUUAAUGACAAUACGUCUUCUCCAAAUGAUAGACCAGGAAUUCAUAAUGGCUUCCUUCAAGUAGAAGAAGGUAAUACUAGACAUGAUAGCCAAAAUGAACAACUUAGUAGCAAAAUGAGUGCUCAAAAAGACUACAGUGAUAAAACAACGACAGAUCACUUCUGUGACCCUGUUGGGUUAUCUCUGGUUUCUUCAGAACCCUCAGGGGAAUCUCAGGGACUCUCUCAUGUCAUGCACUCUCAGACCAAGCACACUUGUACAGGUCUAAACCAGCAAAAUGACCCUAAGAAUGUCCCACAACUUCAGUUUGAGCAGUUUAACAGGGACAACUCCUCACGAGAGUUUUCUAGUCAAUCAGAUCCCCCAUGUAGCACCAAGUGGUCUUGUGUACCACCAUGCCUGAUGAAAGACCAACAACCCUCAAACAGUCAUUUUCUGGAUCCACCAAACAAAACGGACGGAAGCCGCUGCUCAACCCCUGGAUCUGUGUUCUUGGAGUUGGAAGUGGAAAAUGGAAUGGGAGUACACGGCAAGUCCCUUCUUCUGAUUCAGCAUCACCUCCCUUGGGGUCGCUCUGUGAGUGUACCUGAGGAGACAACAGAGCCAUCAGUACAGAGUAUUUUGGGCUCUAAUCAAUUACUUGUAGAAGAUUUUCAGCCUCUUAGUGCUGCUGCAAGUGUCGACACUUUAAUGGAGGAGCGAAGUGCAGAUGAGAGCAGAGGAGGGGGUGAAAAAUCUGAGGAAAAUGCCGCAGUCGCAGCUACCAUGAAAAAGUCAUCAAAAUACCAUCGUCGAAAUCGCCGCCGCAGUGAACGCUUUGCAACCAACCUUCGAAAUGAGAUCCAGAAGAAGAAGGCUCAACUGCAGAGUAGUCGUGGCCCUGGAGGGUUACUUUCUAGUGGUGAAACUGUUCAAGAAGAGGAGGGUACAGAUUUCCAUGAGGAGCCUGAAGAAGCGGACAUUGUAGUCAAAGAAAGAAGCACCAAAGUUGUGUUUGCAUCAACUGCUAGUCCAUUAGAAACAGUACUAGAUGAGAAACCAAACACUUCAUGUCAAACAAACUGUGAUGAUCCGCCUGCUCAGCUUCCAUCCACAAUGACAGCCGUUCAGAUUUUGGACCCACGAGUGCCUCAUUUUGGUGUUGGUGUCCGAGUUGUGGAGGAGCCAGCUCCUGCGGGCAAAGCUCGUCGAUGGCGUUGGACUCCUGAGCAUAAGCUCCAGCCAGAACCAAAACCAAGCAGACUGCAUGGAGUUGUUGGAGAUAGCAUGUCAGGAGUCACCCAGUCAAGGCACGGGGCAUGUGCCUUUACCUCCUCUUCCAGCCCCCCUGAUGGUCGCUCCUCUUCCUGUUCUCGGAUGGAGGACUCUGACAUCCUUCCAUUUGCAGACAGGAGGAAGUUUUUUGAGGAGACAAGCAAAUCCAUUGCGGGAUCAAAGGUGUCUAGUCUGUCGGGUCGCACACAGAGGAAGUCCCAGGAGGUGGAGCAUGUUCAGUGUACAAACCAAAGGAGAUACUCCUACCAGGAGGGGCUACAGCAAGAAAAAACCCUGCUUCCAAACCCAAUGGAAGCCGGGAGGCCAUCAGUGUGUAACAGCCGGGAGAGACCACAGGAGAAGGAGAGGAACCAAAUGAGAACAUGGGAGGAGAGAUCCAGGGAGCAGGAGAGGGAUGGAAUGUUGCGAGAAAUGGAGAUGCAGCAGGAGAAGGAUAGACAGGAGAGGGAACUAGAAAUAGAAAGAGAUAGGCUCAGGGAGAAGGAACGUGAGGAGAGGGUGAGACGAUGGGAAAGGGAACGUGAGAUGGAGCUUGAGUUGGAGAGGGCAAAGGAAAAGGAACGUCUUAACAAAGAAAGAGAGGAAGAGCUGCAGCGAGAAAGGAAAGAGUUGUUCAGCAGUUCUUACGACAGAGAAAGAGAUCACGACAUUCACGACCAGAACCCGCUACACAAGUCUCGCAGCAUAAGUCAAGUCCCACGAUCUGCAUUCUACCCAGUUAACCAACCGUCACAGCGAGGUUUGCACCGGAGGAGCUACACUCCGACAGAAGCGCAGUAUCCUGCCCGGCAACAGGAAACAAGUAAGCUGAACAGGAAGUACAGCCUGACGGAGAGGGACUACAGCAGCUGGAGACGAGAGCAACACCAAGAGGCUCCCCAUCAGGGAUCAUGGAACCCCGGGCAGCUAGACAGCGGCAGGGACAGUUGCAAUGGACACACAGUGGCUCCCCUCUCUCACAGGGGUCGCGCCAUGUCUGAAAAUGAUCUCCGCUUCAACCAGCACUGGACAGCAUAUUCCCCGACCAUCAGCCAGACACUGCGCGAAGUUGAGGAAAGACCAGCUGUUGUCCGGGGAGACACUGUACACGGUACACAGUUGACCCGCAGAAAGAAAAACCCUCCCCCGAGACCACCGCCCCCCAAGUGGGAGCAGUUCCACCGCAGGCGUGCGUCCCACCACAUGCUGUUCUGCUCUUCUUCUACAGCGCCUCCACAGCAUCCCUCCACUGAGCCCACAGAGCAUCUGAGUGUUGAACCGUCCCGACAGAGGUCGUACAGCCUCCCCCCGCAGAGACAGGAAGUGGCCGAGAGCUGCCCGCGCUGCAGCUGCCACCAACCUCUGCCCCGUGAACCCGCUUUUCCCCACACCUCGUCCAGUCAGCUUCAGUUCUCGGAGCGUUCCUUCUCAACUGCCCCGCCCAGUCCCAUGUUCUGCAGGCAGGCCUUCAGGCCUGUGGUGCUAUCCCCUCGGGAGCGGGGGGGGAACUUGUACUUUCAGCAACAUGAGACGGUCACAGCGCCAACUGAGAUUUUGUGUCUAGACGAUCUAUCGGAGUCAGACACCAGUCAAAGUGAUCUUCACAAACCACUGGCCAACUUGAGACCUGAAGCUGUGUGGGACACAACACCCUCUCCCAGAAUUCCGAGCCACAAUGCAUGUUCACCUAUCUUGAAAGAUGGACACCUCUGUGGUGUCUUACCUUCUGAUCCCUCUUUUGUCCUGGACUACAAGCAGCAACAGCACAGUCUGGACCUACCAAGACCCACAGAAACCGGAACAGAAUCAGUGACUACCCUCAGCCCGAGCCCCUCGCACAGCCUGGAGGCAGAACUGGAUGUCCCCUUGGAAACAGACAUCGAUGACUUCCAGGAGGACGAGGGACUACCUGCCGAGGAUGAGCUGAUCACCAGCGAGCUCCCUUGCUUUGCGCUGCCUGUCACCGUCAUGGAGACGGACAUCGACACCUUGACGGACAUACCGGCCGAGCCGGUGGGAGAAGCCAGGAGGGAGGAGAUCGGCUCUGUGGAGGAAGAGCUGGAGAGUGGCAGGGAGGGGCUGAGCCUGGAGGAGCUCUUGCUCCAAGGCAGUGAGGGCGAGUCGGGCACAGAGAGAUGGAGGGGCGUCUUCCUCAAUGCACAGCACAACACGGACAGCUUGGAUAGCAGGCGUUCCGGCGCGAGUUCCAGCUGCUCGUCCUAUUACAGCACGUCGGCGGCCAAGGCUCAGCUCCUGUCCCAGAUGAAGGACUUCAGUGAUAACAAGGAGCAUGAAGAGGACGAGCUCACCUACAAGAGACAGCUGAUGGAAAGCCUGCGCAAGAAGCUGGGGGUGUUGAGGGAAGCCCAGCGUGGACUUCAGGACGACAUCCGUGCCAACGCGCAGCUGGGCGAGGAGGUAGAGAGCAUGGCCGUGGCCGCGUGCAAGGCCAACGAGGUGGACAAGUUUCGCAUGUUCAUCGGCGACCUGGACAAGGUUGUCAGCCUGCUGCUGUCGCUGUCGGCCCGCCUGCUCAGGGUGGAGACCACGUUGGACACGCUGGACCCGGACACCGAAGAAGAUGAGAGGCUCCCCCUGCUGGAGAAGAAGCGCCAGCUCAUGAGGCAGCUGUCAGAGGCCCAGGACCUGAAGGACCACGUCGACCGCAGGGAGCAGGCUGUCAGCCGGGCCCUGGCCCGCUGUCUCUCCCCGGACCAGCACAGAGACUACAGCCACUUUGUGAAAAUGAAAGCCGCCCUGCUGGUGGAGCAGAAACAGCUGGAAGACAAGAUCCGGCUAGGAGAGGAGCAGCUAAGGGGACUGAGGGAGAGUCUGGGGCUUGGCCUUGGUCUGGGAAUGGGAAUGUCCAUGGGGUAUGGGCAAUACUGACUAAAUCUCUUUUAACAGCACAAAUGUAAAUAUGUCUGAGGUGCUUGCAACAAAUGAGACCUCGAGGUUCCUGGACCAAAACGUGACCGCGUCAACAUCUUAAAAGCCCUGAGGUUGCCAUGCGCACAAUCAAGAGUCCAAACGAUCUUGAAUUGGAGCCUCUUCGCCACUUCAAAACCAUGUUUACUUACCAUGAUGUGCCUGGAACAUGCACUGUGAGACACGUACACGUAAGUCGACCUCACUACCAAAGAGGGUUUGAUGUGGUGCUUCAUAUCAAGAAAAAGAUCUGCAGCAUUAUUUUGUGUUCUGUUGCUGGCUGACACUCUAAUCAAUGAUUUGUUCCCUCCAUAACAUCACGUUCUGUAUGUAUACUGCAGCUGUUACAUUUACUGUGUGGAGUUUGAAACUCCGGUCACACGCAUGUACAGAAAACCCUGGGGUAUACAUUGUGUACAUAGUGGAUUUCAAUAGACUGGAAUGGCUUGUAUGAUAUGAUCAGAAAAACUAUGUAUAUUUGGAACUUUUGUCAAUUCCAUUUUAGAUCAAACCUUUUUUUUUAACUGCACAAAUGUACAGAAAGAAGCUUGGCCUAGACGGAAUUGAGCAAUGAAGAAAUUAAGGCAGAGUUUGUGUCCCCUGAGUUUGUUAUUCAGCCUUCAUCAUCCAUUAAACUUUGACAAAGUG